CAACAAAAAAUCUUUUCACCAUAUGAUAUUGUGUUUUAUACUUUUAUCUUUGUAGUGACGAGUCUCUUAAAUCCGGGUCCCCUCGGCGGCUGGCAAGCCCUGCCAGCUCCCCACUAUACUUUCAUGUCCGCGUCAUGGAACGCUUACAUGCAAUUAUUUUAUGUUAUUGAGAACAACAGAUAAUUCUAUAAUAUCCCCCACACUAUGUUUUCACCACUCCUUAAAUUUGUCAAUAUCAAAUAUUUGUGGCAUUCUUGUCUUGAACUUUGAGUAAAGCUACAACUAUUUGCUUGAAAUGGCUAAUUUUGCUGAUGAGCAUCCGGUGAAGAGUUUUGGAUGGGCAGCUAGAGAUACUUCUGGUCAUCUCUCUCCCUUCAACUUCUCUAGAAGGGCAACUGGAGAAAAAGAUGUGAGGAUCAAAGUGCUCUACUGUGGGAUUUGUCAUACUGAUAUUCAGAAUGCCACAAAUGGCUGGGGAGCCUCCACUUAUCCUGUGGUUCCCGGGCAUGAGGUUGUUGGUGAAGUUACAGAAGUGGGUAGCAAGGUAGAAAAGGUUAAAGUGGGUGAUAAAGUGGGUGUUGGAUACAUAGUCGGAUCAUGUAGGUCAUGUGAUGACUGCGCCAGUGAUCUUGAGAGUUACUGUCCUCAACAAAAAUUAACAUGUGGCGGCGUUUACUAUGAUGGAACUCUUACGUUUGGGGGAUAUUCAGAUUCAUUGGUUGCCGAUGAGCACUUUGUAAUUCGCUGGCCUGAGAAUCUUCCCCUCGAUGCUGGCGCACCACUGCUCUGUGGAGGUAUCACAACUUACAGCCCUUUGAGAUACUUUGGUCUUGACAAGCCUGGAAUGCAUAUUGGUAUUGUGGGCUUAGGGGGGCUUGGUCAUAUUGCUGUCAAGUUUGCCAAGGCUUUUGGGACAAAGGUGACUGUAAUUAGUACUUCCCUUGCCAAGAAACAAGAAGCGAUUGAACAUCUUGGCGCUGAUUCAUUUCUGGUUAGUCGUAAUCCAGAAGAGAUGCAGGCAGCUGCAGGAACAAUGGAUGGCAUUCUCGAUACAGUUUCAGCUGUACAUCCCCUCCAACCAUUGCUUAUGUUAUUGAAAUCACAUGGAAAACUAGUCUUGGUAGGGGUUCCUACAAAGGCGCUUGAGCUACCUGUAUAUCCUCUUGUUCAAGGUAGGAGAGUGAUAGGGGGAAGUGGUACAGGAGGGAUGAAAGAGACGCAGGAAAUGAUAGAUUUUGCCGCCAAAAACAAUAUCAUAGCAGAUGUAGAGGUUGUCGCAAUGGACUACGUCAACACUGCCUACGAGAGACUAGAGAAAGCUGAUGUGAGAUAUCGUUUUGUCCUUGACAUCGGAAAUACACUAACAAAAUCAACCUGAUUCCGGCCCUUAAACAUUCAAACCUGGACAUCACAUUGUAUUGUCACAGAUACCUGUGGCAUUACAAUAUCUUCUAUGAGUUGUAUAAAGUUGUAAUGUUUGCGUGCAUUCUUGUCCCUGUGAAGUUUGUUGGGUACCCCCACACAAAAAUGUUCCCCUUAAAUAAUUGCUUCUUCAUAUUUCUCGCAAGUUCCAAGUCUGUAAAGUUCGUGUAUGUGAACUUUGAAUGUUGUAAUGAUAAAUAAACUGCCUGUUUGUUUCUUACCAAAUGUUGGUGUGCUGAAACAUAAAUGGGGCAUUGGGGCAUUGAUAUCUGUAUAUUUAUAUUACUGAAAUUUACAGGUCAGAUUCGAAUUGUCA